AGGUGGGAGUAGGAGUAGGAGCAGAAAUAGGAAUUGGGGCGGAGUCGACCUAGAGUCUCGAACCUGGGCGGGGUGACGAGAUCGUCUCCUCCUCUAGAAGGAGUUUUGGGUUUGGAAAUCGGAGGUUCCAGUUCUGGUUGCCUCUGCCACUAAUUUUUUAUGUGAUCUUAGAUUAGUAGCCUCCCUUCUCCGGACCCCUAAAUCCCCCGCCCCGGCAGAAUGAACCGAGGGUCUCAGUGCUCUCUUCCUGGUCUACCGCCCUGCAAGCUUCAUCACAUUCUAUAAUAUUUAACAGUGGAAAACCCUCUCAAGUAGCCGCCCUGUACCUGUGGCUCCAACAUGCCUUUUCCCUGGGGACUGUGCCUGGUGUACAAGAAUUGGGCAGGACCCAUCAGAAAGAAAAUCCUGCCGCCAAUAUUGGGCUCUUCCACCCGAUAUCUGAUGCUCGGCGCACAGAAGAGAACUUCAGAUUUCAAUAGCUUUGUUGUCCGGACUAACACUUGUGGUGAAUUGCGUUCCUCCCACUUGGGCCAAGAGGUUACAUUGUGUGGAUGGAUUCAGUACAGAAGGCAAAGCCUUUUCCUGAUCCUGAGAGAUUUCCAUGGGCUCAUUCAAGUUGUCAUUCCCCAAGAUGAGUCAGCUGCCUCUGUGAAGAAACUCUUAUGUGAAGCUCCCAUAGAAUCUGUUGUCCAGCUGACUGGAACAGUUAUCUCUCGGCCUCCAGGGCAGGAAAAUCCAAAAAUGCCAACAGGUGAGAUUGAAAUCAAAGUGAAAACAGCUGAGCUUUUGAAUUCCUGCAAGAAGUUGCCCUUUGAAAUUAAGGACUUUAUGAAGAAAACAGAAGCUCUUCGAAUGAAGUUUCGCUACUUAGACUUACGCAGUUCCCAAAUGCAGUAUAAUCUAAGACUGAGAUCCCAGAUGGUCAUGAAAAUGCGGGAAUACCUCUGUAAUCUACAUGGAUUUGUGGAUAUAGAAACACCAACAUUAUUUAAGAAAACUCCAGGGGGUGCAAAAGAAUUUGUGGUGCCAUCAAGGGAACCUGGAAAGUUUUAUUCUCUUCCUCAGAGUCCUCAGCAGUUCAAGCAGCUUUUGAUGGUUGGAGGUUUUGACCGAUACUUCCAAGUUGCCCGUUGUUAUCGGGAUGAAGGUUCUAAGCCAGAAAGGCAACCUGAAUUUACCCAGGUUGACAUAGAGAUGUCUUUUGUAGACCAGGCUGGAAUCCAGAAAUUAAUCGAGGGUUUGCUUCAGUAUUCAUGGCCUAAGGACAAAAAUCCUCUUACUAUUCCUUUCCCAUCUAUGACUUACACUGAAGCUUUGGACUUCUAUGGGACUGAUAAACCAGAUACUCGCUUUGGAAUGAAGAUUGUUGAUGUCAGUGACAUAUUUAGGAAUACAGAGAUUGAAUUUCUUCGAGAUAUGCUUAAGAAGCCCCAAGGCGCCAUCAAAACCAUCUGUAUUCCUGGAGGAGCAAAAUAUUUAAAGAGUAAAGACUUUGAGGCCAUUAAGGAAUUUGCUGUUAAUCAUUUUAAUCAGGAAGUUUCACCCUUAUUUCUGAAGACCAGUGGAAGCAGGAAAUCUCCACUUACUAAGCUCUUAAAAGAAGAGGAGAAAUCAGCCCUAAUCAGUCUGCUGAGGGUCCAGGAGGAAGAUGUGGUCCUGUUAACUGCUGGAGAGCACAACAAGGCGUGUUCUGUAUUAGGAAAAUUACGCCUGGAAUGCGCUGACCUUCUGGAAGACAGAGGAGUAGUGCUUCGUGACCCAGCUGCAUUCCACUUCCUUUGGGUGGUGGAAUUCCCACUCUUCCUUCCUAAGGAGGAGGAUCCCAGAGAACUAGAGUCAGCCCACCAUCCAUUUACUGCUCCUCACCCCAGUGACGUUCACCUCCUCUACACUGAGCCAGAAAAGGUUCGAAGCCUGCACUAUGACUUAGUGCUGAAUGGCAGUGAGGUGGGAGGUGGCUCUAUCCGAAUUCACAAGGCAGAGCAGCAGCAGUAUGUCCUGGAGACAGUGUUAAAGGAGGAUGUUAAACUGCUUUCUCACCUACUCCAAGCUUUAGAUUUUGGAGCACCCCCCCAUGGAGGAAUUGCUUUAGGACUAGACAGGCUUGUGUGCCUCAUCACUGGGUCUCCAAGCAUAAGAGAUGUCAUUGCUUUUCCAAAGACCUUCCGGGGACAUGACCUUAUGAGCAAUGCCCCAGAUUAUGUGACUCCCGAAGACAUAGAUCCCUACCAUAUCCAGGUCAAGAGGGCAGAAGACACAGACAGCACAGAUGUCCAGUCUGUCGUUUGUGAAGCCGAGUCUUCACGACUGGUCCUUCCAAGCCUCACAAAGACUGAGAAUCCCUUCGAGAAGCUGGCCUUGGACCAGACUCCUGAGCUUUUGGAUAGAAGGAAACCUAGCAGAAGCCCAGAUAACAAAUGAUGAAGAAAUGGAGCAGAUGGAAGGCGUCUCAUUUUCUCUCGGGAACAGAACACAUCUGCUAUCACAGCCCGAAAGGUCCUGUGCCCCGUGGAUGGCGAGGAUGGGUGAGACAGGCUCCUCUCUGAGAUCAGUCAUCACUUGACACUCGCCAGUGUCCCCGGGGACUGCCCGCCAGUGCAUCUUUUGGAGUCGAAAUGAUCAAAAUUGGGUCAAGGGGGAAUGCUGGUCUGUAAACAGUCCUGUAUGGUUAUGGGGUCAGAACAUUUAGCCUUAUUAUCACUCGGGUAGAACCAGCUAAAUUGUAGCUGUUUUCACUUUCAUUGUCUGGAAGGAGACUGAGCCCAGCUCCAAGCCCACGUGCUCCAAGGUCAUCUCAGCUCGUUCAGCCUCGGUGUCCCUGGCUGCAAAAUAAGCAUGAUACCAUUCGCUUACCUACCUCACAAGGCGGGCAUGAGGAUUAAAUGAGAUAAAAUCCACUGGAAAAUUAAAGUGCUUUGCAUCUGUUAGGUGCUCUGAUUCACUACAAACCAUCAACAGAGAGGCAGCUAAUCAGUUGUGUAGUAUGGUGAAAGCCAAGCAAAGACUAAUGUCAGGUGUUUGGGAAAUGAGCUAUUAACAUGGUUUUAAAGAAUAAUGGAAUGCGUAAAGGUGAUCCUUUGCCCUGAUUAGAAGCACUAGUAUAUGAUAGCACUAAUUAAGAUAGAUUUGGCAUAGUGAAAAGAGCAUGAGUUUCAAAUUCUGACUGCCACAUUGCCUGUGUGAUCUUGAGUAAGUCACUUAACCCUUCUGAUACUCAGCUAUAAUUCCUCAAUUACCCAUUUCAGCAGAAUGUUGGAAGGAAAAUAUCUUAUGACCUAUAAAGAGCUGUAUAAACUUGACCAUAAUGAUAGUAGCGAAACAGGUUCGUUCAAGUAAUGAUGAGAGCUGACAAUAGACAUACAAACAGGAAUCUGAUUAAUUAUACUUGCUUGAUUUAUAAUGGGUUGUAUAUAUUUGAUCCAGAAUUUUAAAAUAGCUUGAUGUAGCUGGCUAUUCCUUAGGUGAGAUAAUUAAAUUCUGGGUCUAUGAUCUAGUCAGCAAAAAAAAAAAAAUUUUUGUAAAUAAAAUUUGUCUUCAGUCCUGUUUUGAGUUCUACAUAUAACAUGGAUGGGGAUAUAUACUAUUAAAAAAAAAACUAGCCAACCAGUAGAUGGUGCUUUUCUCUCAAGUUUAUCUUAUAAUAAUUGCCUCACCUUACUUUGGUGGCCAUUUAGUGGCCAAAAACGUUUAAAUGGAGGACUUUGAUGAAAGGUACUUGCAUUUUCCUGUUCUGUGCCAACUGAAGGGUUUUUUUGAAAUGAACUCCAUUAGGCAGAGGAGUCCCACUUUUUCAAUGACCUCAUUUUCAUCAACAUCUAGUCACCCUUUCAUAAUAUUAUUAAAUAUAUUCACUAUCCCAGCUACACACUAACAAAAUACUCAAACCUGACCAAGAAUUCUUCUUGGCACCAUAAAAAAGUCCCUGUGCUACGAGAGGCACAAAAUCUCAGAGUUCAACAUUAGAUUUCAGAGAAUUUAGUUACAUUACCUAAAUGUUUUCAUGCCUACCAAAAAUACUCUGAAACUCAGUAAACUUCUACCACUUUUUACCUUUUUUUUUAAACCUUUGCCUUCCAUCUUGGAAUUAAUACUGUGUAUUGGUUCCAAGGCAGAAGAGUGGUAAGGGCUAGGCAAUGGGGGUCAAGUGACUUGCCCAGAGUUACACAGCUGGGAAGUGUCUGAGGCCAGAUUUGAACCCAGGACCUCCCGUCUCUAGGCCUGACUCUCAAUCCACUGAGCCACCCAGCUGCCCCCUGCCACUUUUUAAAUGUUGUAUUUUAAUUAAAUUUGAAUAAAAGGUUAAACUGAGCUAGAUCUCUGAGCAAGAUAACAUUUAUUAGGGGCAUCCUGCCUGUCAAUAAAUGAAUCUGUAGCUUGCCUCAGAUUAUGCCAAGGACUCCAAACAAAAGGAUAUUUCCCUUUAUGUAGACUUUGGGGAUUACAGAACAAAGAGCAAAAAUAGGGUAGGUGACCCCUAGGGAUUGAAUACAAAAUACAUGGUUAUAAAGCUGAGGCCCAGGGAACAAUAUGAUUGGUUGGCAGCUUGGUUAAUGGGAGCUAACAGUGAUCCCCCCCCCUCCUCUCAUGAGAUUAAGAAGUGCUCACUGUUGGAGCCAGGUGCAGGACAGCAGCCCAGACUUUGGACAGCUAACCAGACAUCCUCAGAGGAUAGCAGUACAUCCUCAGAGCUUGGCAGUACAAAGAUAUCGAGCUGAAAUUCCUUUUUCAUUCACGGGCAUUCUCCAAGCUGACUCAGUGCGGACGUCAUGAUCAGAUCCCUUAAACAGACGUUGCUGUCCCAGAACUUGGAGUCACCGAAAUGGAGCUCUGCGGAGAUUUUGGUGCCCGGAUGUGAGCUCCGGCAUUAUGAGGCUGGCAUGUGGGCCAGCACUGUGAUCAAAGGAGGCAGUCAGAAGGAGGCACUUCGUCAAGGGUUCAGGAAACUCUUCCACUACAUGCAGGGGGAGAAUGAGACAGAGACUAAGAUUGAGAUGACAGUGCCAGUGACCUGCUUGGUACAGCCUGGCACCACUGAAUACAAGGUUUCCUUCUUUGUACCAACUAAACAUCAGAAUUCACCACCAGAGCCCACAGACCCGGAUGUGUUCCUUGAGCAGAGGAAAGGAGCAGCCAUUUUUGUCAGGUCAUUCGGAGGAUUUGCUUCUGUGGAAAAAUUCAGCAAAGAGGCAAAAGCCCUAGCAGAUACUUUGGAGAAAGAGGGGCAAUCCUUUCAUUCAGAUUUCUACUAUACUGCUGGCUAUAAUAGACCUUUUACACUCUUCAACAGACAUAAUGAAGUUUGGUACUUCAAGAAGGAAGAGGUAGAAGGGCUGUGGAUGGCAAAGAACUUCCUUGGAAAAAUUGGCAAACUUCUAAUCUAAUGGACACUAUAGUGAAGAAAACCUGGGCACCGAUCUCAACUGCCAUUGGCUUACAGCUUGUGAAUCUGUAUGUACCUGCCAUUUCUUUCAAACUAUUUUUUUGUCAAAUGAGUUUAUAUACAAUGGUUUGCAAACUUAAAAAUCCUCUAUAAAACUCUCCUUUUCCCUAUUUAAAGUUUUGUGGUUAAAUUUUUCCAGUUACUCAAAUUGACUUAAGUUUAGUGAGGAUGAAUUUUCAGUUAUCUAAUGUCAUUUAAAUAUUCUUUCUUUCAAAAUAUACCUCAUAAUCUUUUGAAGGGAUGCCAUAUCAUCAUUCCCUUUAAUGGUGCUAAGUGAGCUAAGUAAGCUUUAUAUAAUGGAAACAUAAGGCCUAUCUGAAAUUCAGUUUUGUUGAAAGAUAGCUCAUCACAAUGAUUAAUAUACAUCACUUUAUUAAAAUUCUGUUGGGAACACCUUAA